AUAGUUUAGCGCGAGCGGUUCGUGGACGUUACCCCAUGGGAGACUGCGUAGCUGGGCUCGCUAUCACGAUCUUGUUGAUUCACAAACAAGAACAUAACACGAUGAAGGAAUGACUGGACUGUUUACGCAUAUAGCCCAAAUUUUGAUGUGAAAAGGCUAAGGCUUAGUUGGAUUGAUGGCUCCAUCCAACCCAUUGGCCGACUGGGAGAGAGUCGGGGAUAGCUUCUACAGAAAGGUGCGGGUCUACGAUGCUGUCUUCGAUGAGGACCUCGAACUGGAAAACUACAUCGUUGCCGGGGCGCCCCAUGGAGGAGCCAUUGCCCUAUAUCGCGACCAGAGCAAGCUCUACAGAUACCGCGACGCUCAGACCGCCAAGUCAAGUAUUGACAUUUAUUCCUGCUCAGGGAAGAUUAUCAGCAAGAUAAAUUGGGAGUAUGGCUCUAUCCGAGGCCUUGGCUGGUCUGAUGAUGAGGACCUCCUUGUUGUGACCGAGGACGGCACGGUACGGCGAUAUUUCGGACUCCAUGGUGAUUUCUAUCCAUUCUCUCUAGGAAAUGGUGCAGAAGAAUAUGGGGUCAGAGAAUGUCGGUUUUGGUCCUCUGGUUUCGUAGCCUUGCUCUCUAACAAUCAACUGGUUGCCGUGUCUCAAUACAACGAGCCCAGACCAAAACUCUUGGCUACCUGUCCAGAAGGAGAGGUGUUAUCAUGGUCGCUAAUACCACCUGCGUACACACUUUCCCGCUCUGUGGAAGUCUUGUUAGCCGUGGAUAAAACCGUAUAUAUGGUUGACGCGACAGAAGCAGAGGAUAGAAUGCUUCAAAACGGCCCUUUCAAACAUGUUAGCGUGUCACCGACUGGUCGUUUCGUUGCUCUUUUCACUGGGGAAGGAAAACUGUGGGUUGUGAGCAGUGAUUUCCAGGAGAAGUUCAGCGAAUAUGAUUCCAAGGCCAAAACGCCACCUAAGACUGUGGAGUGGUGCGGUAAUGAUGCUGUUAUCCUUGCGUGGGAGGAUGAGGUACAUGUUGUUGGGCCUAAUGGAGCGGCUUGUCGGUACUAUUACGAUGGUCGCGUACAUGUAAUACCCGAGUUUGAUGGCGUGAGACUGAUAACUAAUGACGCCUGUGAAUUUCUACACAAGGUUCCAGAUGUAAUGGAGGAGGUGUUCAGAUUAGGAUCUACAUCGCCGGCCUCUGUCCUUCUGGAUUCUGUUGACCUGCUGGACAAAAAGUCGCCUAAAGCAGAUGAGAACAUCCAAAGAAUUCGGCCGAAUCUUCCGGAAGCUGUCGAUGUCUGUGUGAGGGCAGCGGGAUACGAAUUCGACCCUAAUUGGCAGAAGCGCCUGUUGAAAGCUGCCUCGUUUGGUAAAUCAGUACUUGAGCUAUACAACAGCGAUGACUUCGUUGAGAUGACCGAGAAACUACGAGUACUGAAGGCUGUCCGGGACUAUCAGAUUGGCAUGCCAAUAUCUUACGAACAAUACAUCCGAUUAACCCCCGAGAAACUUGUUCAACGCCUUGUAAAUCGACACGAAUAUAUGCUCGCAAUACGGAUAUCAGAGUACCUACUCAUUCCGGCAGACAAGAUCUAUGUUCACUGGGCAAGUCAGAAAGUGAAGGUCUCUACCGCAGAUGAUGAUGCUGUAUGCAAGCUUGUCGUACAGCGCCUUGAAGGAAAGUCUGGUAUAUCUUUUGAGCUAAUAGCUCAGUCAGCUUAUGACGAGGGUCGAUCUCAUCUCGCUACCCAGCUUCUCAACCAUGAACCCAGAGCUGGAAAGCAAGUUCCUUUACUUCUUACUAUGGAGGAAGACGAGAUUGCCCUCGACAAAGCUCUUGAGAGUGGAGACACGGAUCUUGUGUAUUUCGUCCUUUUGCAUCUAAAGAAAAAGCUCCCUCUCGCAAGUUUCUUCAGGACAAUCAACAAUAGACCUACCGCAUCCGCCCUUGUGGAAACUUCCGCACGGGAAGAAGACACAGAAUUGCUAAAGGAUCUAUUCUAUCAAGACGAUCGGCCAAUAGAUGGUUCAAAUAUCUUGCUUUCUGAAGCUCUACAACAGACAACUGUUCAGGCCAAGACUGACAAGCUUCGUUCGGCCUCCCGUCUAUUGUCGGAUUCAAAAGACGCUGCAGUGGUCCUUCAGCAAAAAGCACUGUCCGAGGAGAUACAGCUACUCAAGGUCCAGGAGAGUCUGGACAAGGACGUCGCUGAUGGCACCGAGUUUGUCGGUCUGAGCGUCAACCAGACCGUAUACAGAUUGAUCCGGUCUGGAUACGGGAAGCGCGCCCAGAAAAUUCAAAGCGAGUUUAAGAUGCCGGAAAAGACAUAUUGGUGGAUACGAUUGCGAGCAUUGGUCGCAAAGCGUGACUGGGGGGAGAUUGAGGAAAUUGCGAAGAUCAAGAAGUCUCCCAUAGGAUGGGAGCCUUUCUAUAAUGAGAUACUAGGCGCUGGAAACACCAAGCUCGCUUCGAGUUUCGUUCCCAAGUGCACCAACUUGCCUGUUGCUGACAGGAUUGAGAUGUGGGUGAAAUGCGGGAUGGUAGUCAAGGCCGCGGAAGAGGCGCACAAAGCGAAAGAUGUCAAUACUCUUGAACUCCUCAGAGCGAAGGCAUCCGGGCCGGCCGUUGGGGAAAUUGAUCGGAUGAUCAAUCAACUUAGACCAAAAAAGUAGAUACCAUGAAUGUACGCUCACAUUGGCUCACCAUGCGUCUUGUCUAAACUCAAGUGAUCUCUUCAUCCUCAUCGAGUCCCGCUGGCUGUUCGGCAACAGGAUCAGCUAUUGCUGCGGAAAAUACGGUUUGUCGCGUAGACUGCUUCUCGGUGUCAAGUCUUAUACUGUUAUCGUCGUCCAUAGCUUCGUCUAGUUCUUCCUGGUCGUCAUUUUCCACCUUGAGGGCUGCCGUAAAUCUAUUUGACUUCCGGUUCAACUCAUCCCAAUCCGCCUAGAAUUCGAAACAUUAGCAACCCAUCCCUUUAUGAGACCGCAGCAAAAGGUGGUCAUAAUUGGACAGGAAUAAUUUACCCUUCGCCGGUUGAUCACUUUG